GUCACACGGCGACAAUAGCGACGAUAGCGACUCGCUUCGACUGCGAUUUUUGUCAAGACAAAAGCAACCACGAGGCAUCCCGGCAAUUCCUCCUAUCAUUCGCAUCAACACCUCAAACUCGUAUAUAAGCAGCCAACAUGUGGGACGGAAUGGAUGAAGACGGAGAAACCGCUCCCCGCUACCAGCUCCCUCCUUCUCCCAAGACAGCCUGGCGUGAAAAGACGCUCGUCGAACUCUCUCGCGUGCCCACACACGAGACCGAAACGGAACAGGCAGACCGACUACAGGAAAUCGAUUGGAUCAAGGGCGGUAUGACGCAGGUGGAAUUGAACGUUCAGAAGUCGUACAGGAAGGCGGAAAGGUAUGGGGUCGGCAAGCCUUCGAGGAUCUCGGUCGAUGGAGGGUUGCCGCAUGGAGAUGAAGGUUGGAGCGUGAUCGAGGAUGGUACUCCUGGCAGGAAGAUGAUCGAUCUUGUAUUCAUACAAGAUGCUACUGGAAGUAUGGGAAGCUACAUCGCCAGCGCUACGCGAAACAUCGAGACUAUCUGCAACACCAUUGUUGCUCACGAAAAGAUGGAGUCCGAGGAUGAUCUCAGAGUCGGUAUUGUGGCCUACCGUGAUCACCCGGGUCAAGACAACUCCUACGUUACCAAGACACUGCCGUUCACCUCCAACACCACCGAGCUUCACCACUUUCUCGACAAUCUCCGAGCCGGAGGCGGUGGAGAUGGUCCCGAAGCUGUUAUCGCGGGUAUGGCAGUAGCUUUGGGGGACUUGCAAUGGAGGAGGAAUGCGGCAAAGAUGAUCGUCAUCAUCACGGAUGCUCCCCCUCAUGGGAUCGGUGAGCGGGGCGACGGAUUCCCUCAAGGAGAACCAGGUGGAUGGGAUGGGUUGGUAUUGGCCAGGAACAUGGCUGCUCGAGGCAUCAGUUGUUUUAUUGUGGCUUGCGAAUCCAACCUCUCUCACUACGACCGGGCCGUCGAGUAUUAUCAAGCCAUCGCGACCAUUACCUCUGGACUCAUGCUGCCUCUCAUGUCGGCGGAUCUAUUGACCAACGCGAUCAUCGGGAGUGUCUUGGAGAACAUGGAGAUGGAGCAGCUCAUCAAGGAGGUCGGAGAAGAGAUUUACUCCCGAAUGGCGGGAAAGACUGAUGAAGAAAGUAUCGAUUCGAUGGCUCGUGAGCUGCAAAACGCGUUGUCCAUGCAAGGUCGAGUUACCAAGAAAAUUCAGAUCGCGAACAUCUACAACGAAACCCCGGCCUAUCUCGAGAACGUCAAGACAUGGGUAAACGCCGAGAACGCGCAAGUCGGGAAAGAGCACAUCAGAAAGUUCUUGGGAAACCGCUUCACGGACGAAUACGACAAGUACAAGGGACGACACGGUCGAGGCUAUGGCGGAUACUCUCGCGAUUGGGCGCCACCACUGCCUCGACGAAAGAAGAGCGCGACCAUGAGUCCCGCAUCUCCUCCAGCAGUUCGCAAGAUUGUCGAUGGCAGGGCAAAGUUUGUCCCUUCUGGCAUGGACGAUGACGACGACAGCGACAGUCUUACCUCGGACUCGGGUUCAGAUGAGGAUGGCAUGAAACCCAAGGCUGGUGAGAUCUCUGCUACCUUCAAACCGUACGAUGGUGGUGCGAAGCGUUUGUCUACCGGGGGAGGGUUGCUCUCCAGCUUGCCUACCGACAUGAAGAGCAAGACAACCUUUACGGGACUGCGGGAAUCCGGUUCCAAGCCGGCUCGGAUGGUUGAUUCGGACGCCGACUCGGACGACGACUUGCCCUCCAAGCGAGCCAACGAUACGCCCGCUGAUGACGGCGAAGCCAAACCGGACACACUUGCCUUUACGAAUGAUGCGAUCAGUCUCGAGCAGGCCAAACGAAUCGCUGUGCAGUCCAUCUGGCGUAUGCGCAAGUAGACUUCCAGCGGCCUUCGACCAGGCCCGACAUUGAACGAACCGACGACCCAUACUCGCGAUUGACCCUUACGACUUGCUAUUCACCUCACAACACGAUCUUCGGCCUCAUUCGGACAGUCUCCACCGAGCAUCACCGGUAAUCAGGCCUUGACGACAUUCUCGAUUCUCACCUGACUGCAGAGAGCUCAGACCAUGUAGAACAAUCAACUUGCGUACGACAGAUUGAAUCCCAUGAUACCUCUACAGUCGGGGUCGAUCUCUCUUGAUCAGUUGACUUUGGCGUUGGAGAAGUCCAUCUCAGGAUGAGAAGCCUUGAAUUUCUCGAGCGUUUCUAUCUUCUUUCUCUCGUCAGAAGUGGGUUUACCCAUUUGCUAUAGCGGGCAUCACGAUCAGCCGCAGAUCUCGAGCUGUUGAUUUCUUACACAUCUUA